AUGAACCCAUCAGCAUUGCCUAGAAAGCAAAAGAUAGCAGCCGAGAAACCUAAGGAGCCUAAGCUCCCUAACCUAGAGGACAGAAAGAUCCCCACUUUUGAUCAGAAGGAUGUUACGGUCGUUUUUGUCUUGGGUGGUCCUGGUGCUGGUAAAGGUACCCAGUGUGCCAAGAUUAAGGAGGACUAUGACUUUGUCCACUUAUCCGCUGGCGAUCUUUUGCGUGAAGAACAGCAACGUGAAGGCUCCCAAUAUGGUGAACUCAUCAAGAGCUAUAUUAAGGAUGGUCUCAUCGUUCCCAUGGAAGUCACCAUUGUUUUGUUGGAAAACGCUAUGAAGGAUGCUAUGAAAAAGCAGAACAAAUCCCGUUUCCUGAUCGAUGGCUUCCCACGUAAACUUGACCAAGCUGUCAAAUUCGAAGAGGCUGUGGUUCCUUGCCAGUUUGUUUUGUACUUUGAAUGCCCUGAAGAGGUGUUGUUGAAGCGAUUGCUCAAGCGCGGAGAGAGCUCUGGUCGCAUUGAUGACAACAUUGAGUCUAUCAAGAAGCGCUUCCGCGUUUUCGCUGAUACCAGCUUCCCCGUCAUUGAGGAGUAUGAGACUCAAGGAAAGGUUAAGAAGCUUUCAUGCGAAAACUCUGUCGACGGAGUUUAUGAUGAAGUCAAGAAGAUUUUCGACAACUUGUUCAAUCAGUAA